ACCAAAACAUGUUUAUUUUUCUGUUGAACUUGUUGAUGUUGAGUUAAAUCGAAAUAAAGUUAAUGUUUUAUAGUGACCAAAAUGUUAGAGGCAGAAGUAAACAAUGACCGGACGAUACUGGAUUACCUGAAUGAGGACUGCUGGCGCGCCGUGCUGCAGUACGUGCCCGCGCAGGACCUCAUACGGACAGAGCGCGCCAGCCGCGCGUGGCAGUGUAUGGUGCUGACGUACUUGCAAGGAGUCCGAAUUAUCAUUGAGAGAGAAGACAAGGACAAAAUCCUUCAAAACUACAACACUUGUAGUUUAAAGCCAUCGAGAUAUAAGUCAUUUAUAAAUUGGACCAACAAACUUGGCCCAUCUGUUGUGGCCACUUAUUGCCACAACUUGAGGAAUCUAGAAAUAAUCAAUGAAAAAUGCCCAAACUUAGAAUCCCUUCAGUUAUCCCGUAUUAAAAUUGAGGCGGGACAACUCCAACACAAUUUAAAUGACAACUUCAAGGUCCUGCGCGAGGUUUCUUUCCAAGGGUGCUUUAUUCAAGACAUAGCUGUAACCGAAUUCAUAGCAGACAGAGCCUUAGAAAAACUAGAAAUCCGCAAUUGCACUAAUGGUCUUAAUAAAUUAAAUGGUCCUUUUUUCGACAGUUUGAACUUGUCAAACUUAAAAUCGCUCAUACUUGAAUGUAACUGCGAGUCAUUUGAGGACGACAAAUUGCCUUUCACCAUUGACCAAAGAUCCUAUGGGGACGGGGAACUGAAGUCUGUGUUGUCUAAAAUGCCCAAAUUGGAAUGGCUAGAGCUGCAUGGUGGGUAUAUGCAUGACGAGUAUGUGUCUGAGCACUUGAGUCGGCUGCCCCGGCUGAGGCACCUCAGUGUGACGUAUCAACUGGAGCACCGGCACGUGGAAGUCAUAACGCGCAGUUGUCCGGAGCUGCGCAGCUUGGAGCUGUUGGACUGUCGAUGUGAGUGA